AUGGGGUCACCUGGAAAGGUCAUCAAAUGCCGGGCAGCUGUUGCCUGGACAACUAAUGCCCCCCUUUCCAUUGAGGAGGUUGAAGUUGAUCCACCAAAGGCCGGUGAGGUCCGAAUUAAGAUUCUAUACUCCGGGGUCUGUGGUACUGAUAACCACAUCCUGGAAGGGAAAGACAAAAUGCCACUUCCUAUCAUCCUGGGCCAUGAGGGAGCUGGGCUUGUGGAGAGUGUCGGACAAGGCGUAACUACCGUAAAGCCAGGAGAUAAAGUUUUAAUGUUUCCGCUUCCAGAAUGUAGAAAAUGCAUCUACUGCCUCCACCCGAAGGGCAACCUCUGUGAGAAAGAGAAUAGUAUUCUCUCUCCGACGGGAUUAAUGUUGGAUGGAACCAGCAGAUUUACCUGCAGAGGGAAGAAAAUCUAUCAUCUUUACGGGACCAGCACCUUCACGGAGUAUACCGUGGUAGAUGAAAUUGCCGUGGCGAAGAUCGAUGCUGCUGCUCCCAUGGAUAAAGUCUGUAUCAUGAGCUGUGAGGUGCCGACAGGCUUUGGAGCUGUGUUUAAUACAGCACAGGUCACCCCUGGCUCCACCUGCGUGGUUUUUGGACUCGGAGGGAUCGGCUCAGCCAUUGUCAUGGCCUGCAAAGCUUCUGGUGCUUCUAGAAUCAUCGGGGUUGACAUCAACGAGCAGAAGUUUCGCCGGGCAAGAGCCUUGGGUGUCACUGAUUGUCUCAACCCUAGAAAGCUCCAGAAGCCUGUCCAGGAGGUGGUGAUGGAAAUGACAGGUGUGGGUGUUGACUUUGCCUUUGAGGCCAUCGGCCUCAUUGAAACCAUGGUCUCAGCGUUGAAGUCCUGCAAUAUGAGCUACGGAGUGUGUGUGAUUAUGGGAGUUGCUCCAACAGGUUCACAGCUCUCUUUUGACCCAAUGGUGCUUCUCCCAGGGAGAACCUUGAAAUCUUCUAUUAUGGGAGGGUAUAAAACCAGAGACGACAUCCCUAAACUAGUGACGGACUACGUACAAAAGAAAAUCAACAUAGACGCUCUUAUAACCCAUAAGCUGCCUUUUGAAAAAGUCAACAAAGCAUUCAAAUUGUUGCGAGAGGAAAACUGUACGUUCCAAGAAGAAUCCUGUUGUGGCGUCCUCUCUGCUGGCGGAGUCGCGCGCUCCAAGUGGUGCCAAAAACCCGGGACCUUGACAUCCAGGCACCAGGCAAAAGACCCUCAUGGCAGUGAGAGGAUUCAGAACUUGGACGUGCGGAGUGGCGGGGCGCCGCAACUACUGAGAACCCAAGACCUGAAAGUCUCGGAUGGAACUUUGAGGAAGUUCCUGGAGGACAUGGAUCAGGCAGCUCCUUGGUUCGCUGGCUUGGGGGACAUUAAUCUUCCCUGCUGGGAGAAAUUGGGUAAAGAUCUUGAGACAGCCAAAGAACAGGGCACACUCCGGCCGGGGACACUUCCCCUAUGGAGAUUAGUGAGGGCUUGUCUGAAGGAAGAUGAGGAGGAUCGGUUGGAUGAGGAGGAGGAGCAAGACUUAGAGGAAGCAGUAGCACAGUAUGCGAGAGAGCGGUAUAGUCCGGAAUAUACUAAGCCUCCGCCCUACAAUUCGUGCCGUAAGCCAAUGGUGUCUUCAGCGAUGUCUGCUUCCUUUAUCAAGCAUAGCACUUGGAAUAAAUUGGCCAGUGCUUACCCUGUUUUUCAAGACCCCAAUACAGGACAGAGAUAUCAUGAGCCAAUACGAUAUAAACAACUAAAGGAUUUGGCAGAGGCUGCACGGACUUACAGAGUGUCAGCCAGCUUUACUCUAGGAUUGGUGGAGAGUUUAGGGCAGUCAGCUAUGACCCUCGCUGAUUGGAUGAGCACAGUGAAAGCAUGUGUUUCUUUAGGACAAUAUCUGGAUUUUCAGUCUAUAUAUACUGAUCUUGCCAUUGCACAGGCCCGCGCUAAUGCAGCUAAUGGCAAUGUCGCUUGGACAGCUGAUAUGAUGCUAGGACAAGGGCAGUGGAUUAAUAACCACACAGGUUUUCCACUACAAGUAUAUCAGCAGAUUAAUGAAAUGGCCAUUAGGGCCUGGAAGUCUUUACCCAGUAGAGGGCAAGUGUCUGGCAACUUGACUAAGGUUAUUCAGGGGCCGACGGAGCUGUAUGAUGAACUACAUCAUUCGUAG